UUGUCUUUACUAGCAAAGGUGUUAACAGGAAUGAAUAUGCGGCAAUAUGUGGCAUGGCGCAAGCGCUGGUUCGUGCUCCGCAGAGGCCGCAUGAGCGGGAACCCGGACGUGCUGGAGUACUACAGGAACAACCACUCCAAAAAACCCAUUCGCGUCAUCGACCUCAAUGAGUGCGAAGUGUUGAAGCACUCGGGGCCCAACUUCAUCAAGAAGGAAUUUCAAAACAACUUUGUCUUCAUUGUGAGAACCACCUACCGAACAUUCUACCUGGUAGCCAAAACCGAGGAGGAAAUGCAGAUCUGGGUGCACAACAUCAGCCAGAUCUGUAAUUUUGGACAUUUAGAAGAUGGCACAGGUUCUGUGGAAAGCCUGUCACACACCACAUCAUCACCGCAGCCCUCGCCAGCCGCCUCCACCCACGCCUCCCGUGUUGCCGACCCUUCCUUCUCUGUCGACGGGGCCGCAGCCGACCCCUCUGCUGCUGAGGAGACCCCUAGCGAGUCGGAGUCGGUCUUCCUCCCCGAUUACCUCUUCCUCUCCAACUGCGAGUCGGGCAAGCUGGGUCACAACAGAUGUGAUAGCUGGUCAAACUCUGACCGAUCACUGGAGCAGACCUCAUCGGACGACGUUUUUGUAGACUCUUUGCAGUCCCAACCCUCCUUGUACCUUGUGCAGCCAUCCAGUGCUGGUGCUGUGCACCAGGAUGGGGCUCCUGUGGCAAACCAUGGAGAUGUCUCCGGGAACAUAGACAUUACUGGCCCAUCCUGUGACUUUUCCUCCUCAUCUCCAUUGCUGGGAACACCACUAACACCAACUUUGCAGAUUGACAAGAGCCAAAACGCGCUGCCCUAUGGAGUGACCAAGCUGGAUGUGCUAUCUAACACUCCGCCGCCCCGACCACCAAAGCCUACCCACUUCUGUGACAGGAGAGGGGAAGAGUCCAGUACUGGAGCCCUCCACAAUGGUCACGUGGGGAUCUGCCGGGCCCAGGUUGCUUUGGUGCCGAGGAGAAUCUCCUUGUCCAGUUUAGACAACGUCAGGAAUUGGAAAGCAGACAUGGAAGGCAGUUCUUUGAGGAGCCGGGAUAAGAGGCUUAGCUUGAAUUUGCCGUGUCGAUUCUCCCCGCUUUACUCGACUGCAUCAGACAGCACGGAGGACAGCUAUGUGCCCAUGCGCCCCAGCACCUCCCCAUCCAUCCCUGGCUCCAACUGCUCAUCCGAUGGCUACAUUCCCAUGAGCCCAGGCUCAGCCAUAUUUACCUUCCCGGUCAUCAGCACUGAAAAACUCACCAGCCCCCUGCCCGAGCUUCCCUCAGACGUGGAGCCCCCGCCAGUGAACCGAGACCUCAAGCCUCGUAGGAAAUCACGGCCUCCUCCACUGGACCUGAGAAACCUCUCCACAAUCCGCGAACAUGCGGCCGUGACCAGGAUGUGGACUGUGCCUUACAAUCGAAUGAGCUUUAUCUCACCAGAAAGAGACGGUAUUAAUUCAGCAAGAAUAUUUGCCAAUUCAGUUUCCGGAGAAGAGGAAGAAAGUUACAUUCAUAUGGACCACAGACAGGCAACAUCUCCAUACAAUGGUGCUUUUCCAUGGACAAGGAAAUCUAACCUUGAUUACUUAGCAUUGGAUUUUAAUUCUGCUUCCCCAUCCCCUGUACAGAAGAAACCUUUUCUCUCUGAGGAGCAAAGAGUGGACUAUGUCCAGGUAGAUGAGCAGAAGACUCAGGCUUUACAGAACACUAAGCAAGAAUGGACAGAUGAGAGGCAAUCUAAAGUUUAAAGGAGGAAGGUUUGGGAUUGAAGGAUUUUUUUU